AUGGACAAAAUCGACCUGUCCCAGUUCGAUGUAUCCAACUUCGACCCUAAUGCCAUCCUGCGGGGAGCCCAGCUGACUUUGGUCGGUGUCAAUCGGGCUCUCCAGAACCCAGGUCUCUUCACCUCGGACCACUACCGCCAAGCUGCUAUUGCUGUAGCUGCAGGCAUCGCUAUCCGUGUCAUCGUCGCCAUACCCAUCCAAGGCGUAAGAGUGCUACUAUGGAUACUCUCCCUCUUCGUCAACAUGGACCAUACCCACAUGGACGAAAGCGUCGUGAAUGGCCUCCACUUCCUUGAGCACACCGUACUCCAGGUACCCUUCUUCCUCAUGACGAUGAUGCGCUACGUCACUCCUACUUUGGACCGAAUGUUCAUGGACUCCCUGCGUUGGGUGGACGAGACCUACGUGCAGAAGCACAAGACCGAAGACCCCCACAAUCUGCGCGCCAUGUACUAUCCAAACCUUGAGAAAUACCCCGAGCACGCACCCAGAGUCGACAAAGAGAAGAAGCCAAUCAAACAGGCUGUCAUGAUAUACGCAACGAAGCAGGGAAGGAAGGCUGCCAUUUCCUUGGGAGUAUUAGCAUUGUCGUACGUUCCAUACGUAGGACGUUUUGUGCUACCCGCCGCCAGUUUCUAUACAUUCAAAAAGUCGGUAGGAACGCAGCCAGCAGCGGCCAUCUUUGCAGGGUCACUGCUCUUUCCCCGCAGAUAUCUGGUCAGCUUUCUGCAGGCCUACUUCUCGUCACGAACGCUUAUGCGUGAGCUGCUUGAACCUUACUUCACACGCGUUCGGUACAACAAAGAGCAGAAGAAACUAUGGUUCAAAGAUCGAGCUGGCGUGCUUUUCGGUUUCGGCCUAGGCUUCUACGUAUUCGUCAAGAUACCUCUCGUGGGCGUCCUCAUCUACGGCCUCGCCGAAGCCUCGACGGCAUAUCUCAUCACCAAAAUCACAGAGCCGCCGCUGCCACCGACCGAAGCUGAGAAGUUCAAGGAAGAGUCAUUGCGCUGGAAGAACAAACACGAGUUCCUCAAUCUGCCAUGGCAGCACAUGGACGAGUACAAUCUUGCAAUGCACAAACCCCAGUUCCAAUCCGAAGUACGGCAAACACCACGAAAAACGUUUAGCUAG